UAAUAAGUGUACUUAAAAAUCUCAAUAUACAUAAAUAGAAUUGUUGCUACGGCAAAUGCUAAACUUAUAUAUUAGCAUAUAACCCGAUGGUAAUUUCGACAAAUUGCUGUUGUUGUUGUUCUUGGUAGUGUCGUUGACUGGCCAAGCAACAAACGGUAAAUUCCUCCAUACAAUUGGAAGGUGGAAGAAGAAAAAAAAAAUUGCCGUUGACCUCGACCUAGACAAUCUCUGCGCUCGUAAAAGAACUUGUAUAUAAUUUGUAGUAAUUUUGUGUUGUUCAUUUGUGUUGCCGGCAUUGAUUGAAAAUUAAUCAAGUACAUAGUACAUAGCAGACGACGAAUUGGGUCGAUUUCCCCUUCGACAUUUUGCUACCAUCUCGCCCUCAUAUAAUCAGUGGCGUAACGGUAAUCAAAGUUCGGGUCCCUCCACUACUUGAGUGUAUAUAUUAUGAAUCGUACCAGAAGGAAGAUUGUACGCCCAAAGAAUCCUUACACAGAAGCAAAUGCCUUCUCACAUUGGACUUUCUGGUGGAUGCGAGAUUUGUUCAAACGGGGCUUGAAGGGUCCACUUACAGACGAAGAACUCUAUCAGCACCGAAAGACUUUGGAUAGUGAGCGGGUGACGAAUAAGUUCAACGAAUUGUGGGAGGAUGAGAAGAAGCGUAGUAAUCCCAGUGUGGUUCGCAUGAUUCUACGUGCCUAUGGUUGUGUCUUUGUGCCUUUGGGUCUGGCUUUCUCAAUAAGCGAAACCAUAUGCAAAUCUUUGAUGCCUUUGUUUCUUGGCGGUUUGGUUGGUUAUUUUGCCAAAAAUCAAGAGACAAUUGGAAAACAGGAAGCUUAUCUGUAUGCCCUCGGCAUUGUGAUCUGCAUGCUGAUCCCAGUGAUAUCAUUCCAUCCAUUUAUAUUCUAUAUCUUCCAAGUGGGCACUAAGCUGCGACUGGCGCUCUCCGGCCUCAUUUAUCGCAAGUGUCUUCAGGUAUCGAAAAGCAGUAGCAAUGACGGAUUGCGUGGCAGAGCGAUUAAUAUAUUGGCCAAUGACUUGGGUCGUUUUGAUGUGGCACUUUGCUUUCUUCAUGAUACCUGGAAGGGUCCAAUGGAAUCACUGCUCAUUGGCUUUCUAAUGUAUCGUGAAAUUGGACUAUCUGCGGUAAUUGGAGUGUCGUUUAUGCUCAGUUUUAUCCCCCUGCAAGCAUGGGCAGCCAAAAAGGCGGCCUAUUACCGCCAGAUGACGGCAGAACGGACAGAUCUUCGAGUGAAAUUGAUGAAUGAGAUUAUUCAAGGCAUACAGGUGAUCAAAAUGUAUGCGUGGGAGAAGAGUUUCGCCCGCAUCAUUGCCGAUGUACGUUUGAAGGAAGUGAAGGCCAUACGAGGUACAGCUUUCAUUCAUGCCGCUCUCGGUUGCACAGCCAUGAUAUCACCACUCUCAGUUUUUCUGGCCCUCUGUUCCUAUGUGUAUAUGGGUGAUCCUUUGACUGCCCAAAAAGUCUAUACAGUGUCUUCAUACUUUAACAUGCUCAACGAUUCGAUGGUUACUUUUUGGCCAAUGUCGUUAACAUUUAUAGCCGAAGCUAUGGUCUCGGCUCGCCGUUGCAAAGAGUUCCUUUUGGACGGAGAUAGAGCUGAGGUACCCAUUAAUCUGGAGGCACAUCAACAUCAUUCUAAGAACAGGCGCCACCUCAGCAAGGAGGAUAAACUGAAGAAUGCUGAACUAAACGGCACCCUCUUAGUAAAUGGACAAACUCAACACAGUCGUCUAAGGGAUUAUAGUCCAGAGGCAGCUACUAAAUGUGUGGUGCUCAAAAAUGUGACGGCAUCGUGGGAUACAAGUGAUGGCCAUACCAAUUGUGCCAUUGAGAAUUUCAGUACAGAUAUUCCCGAUCAUACGUUGACAGCAGUUGUGGGUCCAGUUGGAGCAGGAAAAUCAAGUUUCCUCAAUGUUCUGCUCGGUGAGGUUGGUAUUGAUCAAGGCGAAGCUCUGGUGCAUGGCAAGAUCUCGUAUGCUUCCCAAGAGCCUUGGGUCUUCGAGGGAACCAUUAGAGAUAAUAUUGUCUUUGUGGAGGACUACAAUGAGAAGCGCUACCAAAAGGUGGUGAAAGUGUGCGGCCUUGAACGUGAUUUGGAAUUGCUGCCACGUGGUGAUCUCACCAUGGUGGGUGAACGAGGCGUCAGUCUCAGUGGUGGCCAGAAGGCUAGAGUUAGUUUGGCUCGUGCUGUCUACCGUAAAGCAGAUAUAUAUCUUCUCGACGAUCCACUCUCCGCGGUGGAUACACAUGUGGGCAAGCAUAUAUUCGAUCGCUGUAUUCGUGACUUUUUGUGCACAAAAAUUCGCAUUUUGGUCACCCAUCAGGUACAAUAUCUAUCAGAUGUGGAGCACUUAUUGCUGAUGGGCGGUGGCAAGGUUGUUGCCCAGGGUAGCUAUCAACAACUACAGAGUUCGCGACAGUUCCAGUUUCUCGAACAGACACACGAUGAGAGCGGCAUCGAUACGCACAGUGUAACCAGCUAUCUGUCUCGUAGUGAUUCCGAAAAGAGCAUGGAACAUCAUCAUAAGCCUCUACUGCGUCCUGGUGAGCAAGUUGAAGAAGUCAACCAGGAACAACAAACGAUGGGUUCUGUUAAAUUUGAUGUCUAUGCAUCAUAUUUCAAGGCACUGGAAAGCACCUUCAUUUUGGGCCUGAUAGUUUCGCUGUUUGUUUGCGCUCGUGUAAUGUUAACGGGUGUGGACUACUUCCUCUCCCGCUGGGUCAUCUGGGAGGAGCAGAUUGCGGCCAAUGGCACUCUCAAAGCUGUGUCAAAUGACACCGAGACCAAUCAAGCGACCAACAAUGGCACACUGCCUCUGGUUGGCCAGGACAGCGUCGAGGGGAGCAUACGUCAGGAGCUGGUCAUCUUCUAUGCCAUUAUGCUAUGCACCACAUUAUGCGUCUACCUGAUACGCACUUUUGGAUUCUUUAAAAUGUGUCUAAGGAUCUCACUUCGCCUACACGAUCGACUUUUCCGUGGCAUAACAAGGGCCACCAUGUAUUUCUUCAAUACGAACUCGUCGGGUCGAAUCUUGAAUCGUUUCUCCAAAGAUAUACGAACUGUGGACACUGACUUGCCCCACACCCUAUUGGAUUGUUUGGCGUUUGUUAUUGAUGUUUCUGGAGUUCUCAUUAUUGUGGCCAUAGCCAACUAUUGGUUACUAGUGCCGGCUGCCAUUAUAUGUCUACUCUUGGGAUUGAUUCGUUAUCUUUACGUCAACACGAGUCGUAGUGUAAAGCGUCUGGAGUCCAUUUCACGAAGUCCUGUCUUCUCGUUGACGAAUCAAACGUUUCAGGGUCUAACCACUAUACGGGCUUUGGAGGCUCAGAAUGCCUUGGAACUGGAGUUUCAUGAGUAUCAGAAUGCAAAUACCUCUGCCUGGUUUCUGUUUCUAUCAUGCACCCGUGCCUUUGCGCUGUGGUCAGAUCUUUUGUGCAUUGUUUACAUGACGGCUGUGACUUUCAGUUUUCUGCUGCUUAAGAAUGAAUUCGAUAGUGGAGAUGUUGGAUUGGCCAUUUUGCAUUCAACCACAAUGACUGGCAUGUGCCAGUGGGGAAUGCGGCAAACGGCCGAAUUGGAGAAUCAAAUGACCAGUGUCGAACGUGUGUUGGAGUAUACCGAACAGCCUUCGGAGCCGCCUCUGGAAACAGCUGAGAAAUUCAAACCAAAGAAGGAAUGGCCAAGCAAAGGAAGGAUUGAGUUUAUAAACUUUAAACUGCGCUAUUCUCCCAAAGAAGAAAGCGUUCUGAGAGAUCUUAACUUCACCAUCGAAUCGAAGGAGAAAAUUGGCAUCGUAGGACGCACUGGAGCGGGUAAAUCUUCGAUCAUACAGUCGAUAUUCCGCCUUGCCUGCAACGAGGGAAUGAUUCGGAUCGAUGACAUCGAUAUUGAACAAAUGGGAUUGCAUGAUUUGCGUAGCCGCAUAUCGAUUAUACCACAGGAUCCGGUAUUAUUCUCGGGCACAUUGCGCUAUAAUCUCGAUCCUAUGGACGAGCGUUCGGACGACGAAAUGUGGAAGGCCUUGGGCGAUGUAGAGCUGCGCUCUUAUGUGUCCACUCUUAUUGGAGGCCUCAACUGCCGCAUGUACGAUGGUGGUUCAAACUUUAGUGUGGGUCAGAGGCAAUUGGUGUGCUUGGCGCGAGCCAUACUGAGGCACAAUAAAAUACUAAUUAUGGACGAGGCCACUGCCAAUGUGGAUCCAGAAACGGAUAAACUUAUUCAGCGUACGAUACGUUCGAAAUUUGCCCACUGCACUGUACUGACAAUUGCCCAUCGUUUGCAUACAGUUAUGGAUAGCGAUCGUGUUUUGGUUAUGGAUGCAGGCGAAGCACGAGAAUUGGAUCACCCAUAUGAAUUAUUACAGCGCCCAGGUGGCUACCUACGACAAUUGGUCGAUAAUACAGGUGGAGCGACCGCAUAUGCCCUACAACAGGCUGCCGAGCAGAGCUAUAGAAAACGAUAUCUACCCGAUGACACCGAACUCGAGGAUAUAAACCUAACAAUGGCCCUACACGAGCACAAGGAUUAGCACUAACAAUUACUUAAUACGCACAAAAUCUACUUAAUGUCAAGACAUUAGAACUGAAAGUAUUAUGUACAUAGAAAUAUUGUACUUAUAAUUAAUUAACCAAUUAUGGCCUUGUACUUACGAGAUUUAGUUUAUCCAUAGAUCUCGUAAAUCAAGUUUAUCGGCGAAUUUUUUGUUUGCAUUUGUUCUUAAAAUAUGUACUUAUAUAUAUGUAAGUUAUAGUUCCAUUAGUAUAUACAAUGUGUUCAAAAAGCAUCCAAUCAUCCAAUUAUGUGCACAAAGAAUAGGGAAACUCUAACCAAAACAAAGACAGAAACUAUUAAAGAAUAAUAGUAUUUACUUUCAUAUAUGUACCUUUAUAUUGUUUAGUAAAUAUAUAUAUAUACAUAUGUAGGACUAUAAUUAUUAUUAUUGUAAAUUCUGUACAUACAUUCAGUAUGUACAAAUUUAAUAAAGUGCCUGAAAAUUAUUACAUUA